AUGGUCUCUUCCAUCAAAGCCGGAGGGUCGUGGACAAACGUUCGAAGAGGUCAAAAUCUUGGCGACGAGAUUAUUCAAGGGAAAACAAAAAAGAGGAAAACCAUUACACAUGGCUCCUCAAGUGAACAAUGCCCGCAGUCAGUUCCAGUGGUGCGUUCCGUGUCAGAAAUAAUGGCACUAUUACUUCCUCCGAAGGAAAAUACUUUCCCACGCCGUGAUCCGGUGGAACCGCCUCUGCUAAUGAUUGAGUCGUCCUUGUACGCCAUUGUGUCAGACUAUAAGGAUCGGGAGUAUUUUCAAUUGUAUGAUGAGUGA